AUGCCUUCUCAAUCUACCCCAGAGUCAGCCUUUGACCAUGUUAUUCUUCUUAUUCCACAUGCCCAGCUUACGUCAAUUCCUCAAUGGCUGUCAGAAGCCUUUACGAUCCUCGACGGUGGUGUGCACGAGGGCGGCAUGACCGAGAACAAGCUCAUCAUCUUCCAAGACGGUCUAUACUUGGAGCUCAUUGCCUUUGUUGACGGCUUGAAUCCGCGGCAUAGAGCAAUGCACCCGUGGGGCAAGCAGCCGGACGGACACAUCAUCCACUGGGCUCAUACCAUCCUGAGCCGUGAGGAAGAAGAAGGCACGAAUACAUCGGAAGAACGGUUCCGUAUUGUCCAAGCAAGAAUUAAAGAUUCCAAAGUCGGAAUCAAGUACCGUGACCCAGAGCCUGGGUCCAGGACAAUGGCAGACGGAUCGAAACGCAUCUGGGCCAACGCUAUACCCAACUUUGACGACUACAAAGGUCAAAUCUUGAUCAAUCAACAGCCAUUCUGGACAUUUGAUCGGACUCCGAGGUCUCUUCGAGCACCCACUACGCCAGAAAAUACGUCUCAUCCUUCAGGCGUUGUUGGUGUUGCUGCAAUCUCUCUGUUCAUCAAGGACAAGCAGACGUUGGAUAACGUAGUUCCUCUCUACAGUGCUAUUUUCGACAAGCCUGGUGCUGAAGAGACUGUGUCGGAUAACGUCGUGCGAUAUAAAUGGGAGGGCGCAGCGCCUGCCCACAGCGAGUUUGGAAAGAGGCACUUCUACCUCUAUCACGGAGUUGAAGGGGCUUUUACUGAGGAGGAGAUGGCUGAGGCUAAUGGAGUGGUGCCUGACAUUUUCAUUAAGCUGUCUUUGUACACUAAGGGAGAAGCUGGCGCUAUCAAAGGAACUCUCGUUGAGGGAACGCUCAUUACUCUUGAGCUGAUUCCAGUUACAUCUUCAUAA